UUCACCAUGGAAGGGUUGGCUUCACUUUCAGUGAAAUCUGUGAUUCCCACUUGUUGCAGCAUUCCCAGAAUCAAAGAGUAUCUUGUUGAUAUAGAGAAGAGAGAAGUCAAAGAAGGAGACGGCAAUCAGUUUCAGGACAAAAAACAAAAUCUGCUUCUUAAACUCAUAGAACCCGAAUCAAGAAAACAGAUUUCAAUAGUGGCACACGUUCAUGUUAAUAACAUCAUCAAGGAAAUGCGCAAAUUCUAUGAUCUUACCAACCUCAACAAUCUUUGUGGAACAAAACGACUACUCAAGAUUUCUGUUUUAAUUUCUGCUGAAUCAAGUAACCUCCUGAGAUCAAUAAAAGGCAUGAUUGCUCCAACUCCACCUCCCCCCACACUUCCGGGCCUGACAGAUAUUACUAUAAACAAUCCGGCAAAACAGAGUUCAAAUGCGGGGGAGGGUUCCGGUAGGGUUAUCUGUUGGCCCCCUUCCGGAGUAGUAAAAUCCAGGGACGCCGUGAACUUCAAACAGGAAAAUGCGAUCCUAAUCAUGGCGAUGCUGACGGCGGCCGCAACGUUCUUAGCCGCGUGGUCCUUCGCCGGCGUGGUUUACCAGGACAGUGAGACGGCGAGGGAUUAUUCGAGCCUCGCCGGCCCCUUCGUGCUGUUAAACUCCGCGGGGUUCAUAGCUUCCGUGGCGGUUAUCAUGUCGGUGCUGCAUCAGUUGCCGCUGAAACCGUGGCCGCAGAUAUCGGUGUGUUCUUGGUUCGGGUCGUACAUGUGUUUGAUGAUGAAACUGUCGCCGCAUGAAGCUCUGCUUCUGCUCUCUGUCUCUGUUCCGCUUCUUGUACUUGCCGCUAUGGGAAAGUUAAUCAGAUUCUCACAAUGAAG